GACACUGAGCAUGCUGGGAGAUCAAGGGAUGUGUGGUCAGUGUACACACCGGCCACUUUUGUAGCUGAACAGUCUCACCCACCCACUUAAGCUCGAGUGCCACUAAGCUUUGGUCUGAAGACACUUGGGAAUUUCCUUACAAACCAUUUCCAGUUGUUAGUAUGAAAUCUGGACAUGGAUUCAACUAAACCUGUGACGUGGAUUUAGCUUGUUUGUAGAAUAGAUUCUUGGAUCUUUCAUAAUGGACUUAAAUACCAUCAGGGCUGCCACAAAAAUACAGGCUGCCUUCAGAGGCCAUGUAGAACGGAAAAAAUUGAACGAGAAAAACAGCGCAGCAACCACCAUCCAGAAGAACUACCGCGGACAUAAAACACGUAAAGAAAUGGAAGAGAAGGACAAAGCAGCAAGAGUCAUACAGGGCAACUAUCGGUCGUAUAAAGAGCAGAGGAAAGAUCGACCAUGGUGGAAACGAUUCUGCGACAAAUGUGGUAAAGUCGGUAAGAAAAUCACGGGUGCGUUUCAUAAGGAGAGACGACCAACUCGGUUGCCAUCUUUCCAGACAAAAGAUGAAGAGGAUUACAAGCCGCCGCUGAAUAAUCCAUAUGACGAGAAUCCGACCCCGGUGGAAGAUUACAAAGUUCCAGAGGGGAAAACACUGACCUUAUUGCAGCUGAGUAAGAUUUAUGAUAAGAAACAGGAGCAGAAUGUCGAUGAAGAUAAACCCUUAAAAUUGCCACCGCCGAGACUGGUGGCCGGAAUUGAUGCAGUUGAAGGGUCCAGUGGAGCCUACCAGCAACCUAAGCCUCAUAAAGUGAUAAAAUACCAUGCACCAUCUCCACCACAAUCACCAGAGAAAACAGAACCACGGGUGGAAGAAACCAAACCGGUGGUCGAGGAGGAAGGCAAUUUCUUUACACGCCUUUUCAAGCCUUUGGAAAUUAAACCUGUCGAAAAACAACCAGAGGAAAAGAAACCCGAGGAACAGAAACCUGAGCAGCCGAAUGCUGGGGAAGAAUUCUUCGGGAAGUUUAAGGGUUUGUUUACGAGAGACGAGAAACCGAAGGAACCUGACGUUGUGCCCCUGGUGCCAAGUGAGGAAAAGAAGGAGGGAGAAGAGGGGGAGGAGGGAAAAGAUGAGGAGGAGGAGGUACAAGGAGAGGAAGAGGAACCACAACCCCAAGAGGAGGAGAAGGUAGACAUACUCGCUAGAUUCCAGAAUCGGUUUAAGAAAGAAUACCACAUCGCACCAGAAAGAGCAACAGAAAGUAAGGCUGAGCCAAAACAGGAGGUAAAUGAGGCCCAUGCACAGGAGGAGGGGACUUUUUCAAAGUUUACUGGGUUAUUCAAGACAGAAAACAAAGAAACUUCAGACACUGAUAAAGAUGAGGGAAAUACGUUUUCUGCCAAAUUUACAGGCUUGUUCAAGAAAGAUGAGAGUGACAGCAAAGGGGGAGAUUCUACUCGGGAAAAAAACGGCAACAUUGUGACAAAGGACAAUCAGGAGGAAGGUGGUUUCUUCGAUAAACUUUUCAAGAAAGAAGAAGAAAAGCCUGCAGAAGUAAAGACGGAAAGCACAUCUGAAGAGAGUGGCAUUGAUAAAAUGUUUAGUAUUUUUAAGAAGAAGGAGUGAUCUGGGGAUUUGGGAGAUGAGAGAAUGUAUAAACAGAUCUAGUAAAAGAGUAUGUAGAUCGCAUUAAGAACUAUGCAAGUCAUUGUGUAAUACCAAUGGUGGGGAAAUGUCUCUUAUAAUCCAUUGUUGGUAUCAUGUAAAUGGCGGCCACCAUGGUCCAGCCAGGUUUUUGUUUUUCUCCAAGAGUGGCCUGUCAAAUACACAUGUAAAUGGACCCACAGUAGCCAUAUGCACCCUGAAGCUGGAAGUUUCAGGAUGCAUAAACACUCACUGUGACUACCAUUAUGAAAUGCAGGACAGAUAAAAUCUACUUACUCUUUAAAACAGGGCCGUAGCUAGCUAGUAACAAUGAUUUUGGCUAGAAAUUUCUAAAAAAUUACGCUACGCUCCUGUUUAACCAACAUUGCUUUGCAUAAAGCAGGUAUAAAUAUAUAAAAGGGACGGUGUAUUCAUAUUAAGACCACAACGAUAUUGGAAAUGUGUAUUUUUCUAAGGGUGGACUUUUAGGAAGCUUAGAGGUAAAGAGUCAUAUUUUUUAGGACGGUAGCAUGACAAAAAAAACUAUAAUUUUCUAAAUCCAUCUUGACAAAGUUAUGCACAUGUACCACUAAUAAAGUCAUCAUCUCACCGCAAAACAUCUAGCCUCAGGAUAUUCCUGCAUCACGCAACAAUAUUGUUCUUUAAAAUAAUGAUCAAAAUGUUGAAUUGAAGAAGUGAAUAUACUCAAAAGCUUUUUGACAGAGGCGUCAAGUUCGUCUGACCAACUUCGACAUUCACCAGCAAAUUCUACAUAUCGUCACAUUGCUUUCCUUGAUGGCACAAAUAUGAGUAACCGAGAGAACUUCUAAUUUAACUUAUCCCAUUCUCAGUUUUCAUGUCUCAGAGCUUUUCAAAGAAAACAGCCACUUUGCAUGAGAUCAUCCGUAGCGUUGAUGUGAAUGUUGUCAAAUGCCAGGGGCAAAUUCCUUGAAAUGUUGGUACAACUUAUUGGGAUGGGAGUGAGAAUAUAACAUCUGACACUGCCAGCAGUAAUAAUGGGUAAUCUAUGACUGAAAUGUGAAGGCUUUGAUAAACCAAUAAAGUGCUAAUGUAGAACUUAAUAUAGGUGAUCAUUUGAAGGUUGGAGCUGUGGUAGAAUUUCACAUGAUUCAUCCAAUUGCUUCUUGCCAACUCCAGACCUGCUUUCAAGAAACACUCUCUAAGGGUAGAACUGGCUUCAGUCUGCAGUAAAGGCACUAUUACGAGCUUUACCAAAUGCUCAGGCAAUUUCCUUUAUAAGUCUUCAGCUUACGCUUGGAGGAUAUAGGAAAUAACAGCAUCUGCAAAAUUAACUAAUAAAAUAGUAUUGAGAGAAGUUAGGAAAACAUUUUCUACUCAAUAAAAACAAGGCCAAGUUGUUGGAAGUUCUCAAUCUCAUGUCUUCUGUAAUCUGUAUACAUGUAAAUAAAAUAUUGUACUGUAAAUAGACUGUCUUCUGUGACUGAAAUGACCAGAAUCUAUAAAAUAAUCAGUGCCAUACUGUGAAAUCACAUCUUUUCAGAAAAGUUUUGUGUUUUUGUCAUAUUCAGUCUUCAAGUUAUGAUUUUUAGAGACAUUGUGAUAUAAUGCAAUUCCUAUUGCGGGAAUUGAAAUUUGUCAGAUAUUGAACGGUCUCAGUAAAAAAAGUGUGAUUUUACAGUAUUCAAAAGAAAAAGUACAUAGAUUUGAUUAAUAUUGAAUUCAAUUUGCUGCAACAUGAACACUGUCAAUGGAUAGAUGCAGUCGACGAUGGAUUAUGUUGAUUAAAUGAGAUUCAUGGGAUAUAAUGCUUUGUUUAUCCUUGUUUCUUCCUUUGCCAAGGUGUCGAGAGUGCAAACAGCAGAAGCCCUUCCAACCCCUUCUUGGCCAGUAUGACCAGUCACAUGAAUCUCCA